AACACACCAGCACUGCUGGCGUUGAGGUGGAGGAUAACGCUGGUUACAGGACAACAAUGUGCCAUCAUUAACACAGUCAUAAGCUGUAAAUGAUGACCAGUGAGCAUAAAAAAUAUUAAGAGCAGAAUGACAGUGACCCACCUGUUGACCGUCGAGUCCUUCCACUGAACCUGCCACUGAAACAUGGACCUGGAGCGAGGGCGAGAGGAAGUCGCUUGGUGGCUGGGCGUCACAGUGGAGCAGCUGAGAACCAUGCAGCUGGAUGAGCGUCACAGAUCUUGUGUGACCAGCGAUGGAGCGAUGAGGAUCGUUCUGGUGGGAAAGACUGGGAAUGGGAAAAGUUCAACUGGCAACGUUAUUCUAGGGGGAAACCACUUUGAAACAAAGUUCAGUGCCCAAUCUCUCACCAUCAACUGCUCCAAGGCAGAAGCCAUUGUGGAUGGACAGAAGGUGGCCGUCAUCGAUACCCCCGGUCUCUUCGACACCAGGUCAGACUCUGGCCAGACCAGCAUAGAUAUUAGCCGGUGGGUAUCACUGUCGUCUCCCGGGUCACUCCCAGGUCACUAGCUGCUUCUGAAGAUCCGCAGAAUUGUGGAAAAGAAUGGAGGAAGCCACUAUACUAAUGGAAUGUUCCAAGAAGCAGAGAGAAACUUGGAGAAGGAAAAACAACGGGUGCUUGCAGAGAAGGCUGAGAAGGAUCGCAGAGAAAAGCAGAGGAUUGAGGAAGAAAUGUGAGCAAAGUUUAACCAGGAGGAGUUGGAGAGAAUGAUGGCUGAGGACCGAGCAGAAGAGCAGUGAGACAGGCAGGUGGUUCUUAUGAACAAAAUAGCUCUAUCUGCAGUACAUUUUCACUGUGGGAGUCAAAAGUAAGUUUCAGAUCAGAGUGUUGUCCUUCUUAUUUGUUUAUGGUCAUUUUGAUUCGAGUGAGUGAGCUUGCUUUUUCUGCUGCCGUGCGCGGCCUUCUCUCCCACAGCCAGAUGAAUGGACUCAUCAGUCCUGUGUGUGGGGGUUGGAGAUUUGAGCUCUCUGUGUUCAGGCAAGUCGCCAACAA